AUGUUCCGAUUUGAAAUAUUAAUAGAAGUUAAAGUUAUUGUCAAAAUAUUAAGUCUUUUAAAUAGUACCUACCUCGGUCAGAGUUACUUCAUAACCAUAACGUUCCACCAUAACCCAAAUCUGUUAUGUCGGCAAAGGUGUAAAGCGAAAACUGUACAGCAUUCAACGUGAGUAUUAAGCAUAUUUAUAUACUAAUUAUUCAUAAUUCCUUUACAAUAACUAGAUGUAUGCCAUUGGAGCUAAGAUUUUGAAACCCCAUAAUGAAAAGCCCGAUGAAUUGGAAAAUACAAUAUCUCAAGCUCUUCUAGAGCUUGAAUUAAACAGCGAUUUGAAAGCUCAGCUGCGAGAAUUGUACAUAGUUGGUGCUAAAGAAGUUGAUGUGGAUGGAAAAAAG